AUGAAUACCAACCCACGUUUAAAUCUACCGGCCACGCCCCAACCCAUCGGCAUCCCCCCUUUACCUCCAGUCAGCCAGGGCUUCCAAUCAUAUGGCCCAAUGACCACAUCGUCGUCCCUUGGUCAUGAAUCUCUCGCCUCCAAUGAGUCGGUGGCCAGUACACCAGGCCCGUCGACCUCCCAGUUAGCGGGCCCGCCUGGUUCUCAGGGGCAAAAGAGAGCCUAUCGCCAGCGAAGGAAGGACCCCAGUUGCGAUGCUUGCCGCGAGAGAAAGGUGAAGUGUGACGCAACUGAGACAGCAAGUUGUUCUGAGUGUUCUAGCCGCAAUGUCAAGUGCCAAUUCACAAAGGAGACGAACCGGCGUAUGUCAUCUAUCAAACAGGUUCAGGAUCUGGAAAAGCAAAUGGAAAGGGUGAAGAGGGAGAACAGCGGGUUGCGGCGUAUGCUUCAGGAUCGCGAAGGACCAAUGGAACUUGACGCCGAAGGAGGCAAUGAAAAUGCUUUCAAUUUACCAGCCAUCGGAUCCGAACCGAAACGAAGAAAACGAUCAGCUCCCGGGCAAGUACCGGAUCUUUACAGAGCAAGGUCUAACGUACGAGACUUCUCGAGAGGUAUCUGGAAGCUCCCAGCCCAAUUUCGCGAACGCGCACCCGUCUUUUUCGACCCCCCAAGACCAGAGCUACCCGCCAGGCACCUGGUUGAUCAGUUACUGCAUGCCUACUACACAUCGUCUCAUUCCAUGUUCCCGAUCAUACACUUUCCUACGUUUCGAGCAUCCGUGAACGAUUUAUACAAUAGUAAUGGCGCCAGCAGAACAUCUCCAGCUUGGCUGUCGUUAUUUUUUGCGGUCCUUGCAACAGGCAGUCUAUUUAGCCAAACGUCUAACUCGCAGCCGAACUCGUUUUAUGAACCGGCCGAAUUCCUCGAGACAGCCAACAAAAUGCUCGAUCCGUGGGCCAACGACUUCACUUUGGACUAUGUGAGGGCACUGGCAUUAGUAUCUCUCUGUCUGAACGAGAUGAAUCUGAAGUCGGCGGCCUGGACGUGGCUAGGAAGAGCUGUCCGUGUCUCUCAGGACCUCGGGUUGCACAUCGAGUCUGGACCAUGGCCAGUCAUUGAUGGAGAAAUGCGACGCAGAACCUGGUGGAUGAUCUACAUACUAGACAGGACUAUGGCGACGGAGCUUGGUCGGCCGGUCUCGAUCAGCGACAACGAUUGCGAUGUUCCAUUGCCAGCGGGGGUUGACGAUCAGUUCAUCCACGAGGGGGGAAUGAUGGUGCCUACAGGGGCUGAGCCUUUAACUCAUUCUUUGCUCGCUGUCAUUCAUGUCGUACGAUCGUAUUCAUCACUUAUAGACGCUCUCUCGCCUGGUGCACUGGCUACGGCCCACCUUUCAAGUCUUGACACCCACUUCAAGAAGUGCUUGAGUACAUUUCCUCCAGCUUGCGAUCCGUCAAGCACUGUACCACUUGCGCCUCACUUUCUCGCACCCCUAGCGUACCUCUUUCAUGCUCGACUUCUGCUACACCGACAUCAUCUUCACCCCGAGUACCCUGUCGAGGCCCGUAUGGCAUCCCUCGAAAGUUGUACACAUAUCUCUCUUGAAACAACGUCGCUUCUCCAUCGGUCGAACUCAGCCCUUUUGGCAGACGGUGCGACUUCUUUGUUGACCACACACAUCUUCCGCUGUGCGCUUUUCCUUCUCCUCACCGGUUAUCUGGAUCAUGCAUUGGCGGCAGUGCGAGCUUUGGCCUCAAUCGAUCGACGAAGAGAUAUCACCGUGGCCUGUGGGAGAUAUCUUUCAUUUUUUGUGGCAACAUUAACAGCGAAGCGAGUUGAGUACACCAACUACUUGGCAAGGACCGCCGCACCACCAUUCGGUUCUUCGAGGUCAUCAAUCGAUCAGACGGCCCUGCUCCAGAUGCUUUCCCGAGACGAAGACCUGUUAGCGUAUGCCUCUGCCGAUCUUCAAGCCUCGCCUGAUGCUUCAUGGCUUUGGGCUGGCGCAGAGCGAGAAGUUCCGCUGUCCCAAACAUCUUCUCCAUUCCAGCAUUCGACUGCCACAUCAAGCAGCGAGCUAUUCAGCCCCGAGGCCCGUACAGGCCUAAAAGAAGUAGAGGGCAAAGAAUGGGGUGGGUGGGUAAGGCUUGAGGCUGCGGUACGUGGGUUAGAGGGUGUACCAGCCACAACUCCAAAUCCCUCAAGCGCGACCUGGACACUACCUCCUCCUAUAAAGAGCGAAACACCUGGCCCGUCGGUGGAACUCCCAAGGUUAGGUGAUGUACCCCGAUUCGGGUCCGAAAUGCCAAAGCUAGGAGAGGGCAGCACAGCAGUUAGCCCUGCUACAGGCGGCAACAGGACACCAAGCGGAAGCGCACCCAAUCCAGCGACGAGCAAAGAACGAUUGAGCAUUGCGAACAUCAUCUAG